AUGAGCGAGAGGCGAGUGGUAGUGGACCUGCCUGCCAGUGCCAGCUCCAGCAUGCCCCUCCAGAGGCGUAGGGUGUCCUUCAGGGGGGCACGGUCAUCGUCCUCCCUGGAUAGCCCCCCAGCCUCCAGGACCAACGCUGCAGGUGGCCUCGUUCUGUCGCCGGGGGUCUACGUAGGGACAGCGCCCAGUGGGUGCAUAGGCGGCCUGGGUGCCCGUGUGACCCGCAGGGCCCUGGGCAUCAGCAGUGUCUUCCUGCAGGGCCUGCGGAGCUCAGGCCUGGCCAUGGUGCCUGCUUCAGGUAUGGAGAAGGACCACGCUGCAAUUGAGGACCUAGGGGGCUGCCUGGUGGAAUACAUGGCCAAGGUGCAUGCCCUCGAGCAAGUCAGCCAGGAGCUGGAAAUGCAGCUGCGGACGCACCUGGAAAGCAAGGCCGCACGCUCGGGAGGCUGGGGCGCCCUCCGGGCCUCCUGGGCCAGCAGCUGCCAGCAGGUUGGCGAGGCAGUCCUGGAAAACGCCCGGCUCAUGCUGCAGACGGAGACCGUCCAGGCGGGUGCAGACGACUUUAAGGAGAGAUACGAAAACGAGCAGCCAUUUCGAAAGGCAGCAGAAGAGGAGAUUAACUCUCUGUAUAAAGUCAUCGAUGAAGCUAAUUUGACGAAAACGGAUCUGGAGAGUCAAAUAGAAAGUCUGAAAGAAGAGCUCAGCUUUCUGUCGAGAAACUACGAAGAGGAUGUGAAGGUGCUGUACAAGCAGCUGGCAGGUUCUGAGCUGGAGCAGAUGGACGUUCCCAUCGGCACCGGGCUGGACGACAUCCUUGAGACCAUCAGAAUCCAGUGGGAGAGAGACGUGGAAAAGAAGCGGCUGGAGGCGGGAGCCCUGCUCCAAGCCAAGCCACAGGGGGAAGUGGCCCGGAUGGCCCAGACCCAGGAAGAGAAGCUGGCCUCUGCCCUCAGGGUGGAGUUACACAACACUUCAUGCCAAGUCCAGAGCCUCCAGGCUGAGACGGAGUCCUUACGGGCCCUGAAACGAGGCCUGGAGAACACCUUGCACGAUGCCAAGCACUGGCACGACAUGGAGCUGCAAAACCUGGGCGCUGUGGUGGGCAGGCUGGAGGCGGAGCUCAGCGAGAUCCGGGCCGAGGCCGAGCAGCAGCAGCAGGAACGCGCGCACCUGUUGGCGCGCAAGUGCCAGCUGCAGACCGACGUCGCGUCCUGCCACGCGCUGCUGGACCGAGAGGAGAGCGGCUAAUGGAGAGACGUCCACAUUCAUGAAGAAAUUGCUGCUUCCCUCGCCAGCGGAUCAGUGAACUCGCUUGAGGAGCUUUCCCCUGACUGCGCCUUCCUGCUGGAUUCUCUAGUUGGUUUAGUUGAGCCGGAAAGCUCCCUGGAAGUGGAGAGGACCCUUCUGCUUUAAUUUAAGUAGCCUGCAGCUUGAGCAGCCUCCCUGUCACUCUCCAAAUAAAUGCUUUGUGUGCAGCCUCCAGUCUUCCUUGUUCAACUCCCUCCAGGGUUGACAUGGAAGUCACUUUGCCUGCCUGGCCUCUGCUUAUGGAACUCCAUGAAGGAUUCUG